CAUAGGUGCUGUAGAUUCUGAACAGACAUGCACUUAGUCACUCGCUCAAGAGCAAGCAAACCACUCACACAGGACCACCAAAUAUCUCUGUGUGUCAAGAUUUUUGAGGAGCAGUGGACGGCAAGUGUACACCAAUAUUUUGGCUGUCACAAUGCUGCAGGAAGGCAAUUUAACCACGAACGAGUCCUGCAAGAUUCAUGAUGGCAUACUUUCACCCUUCUUGCCCAUUGGCUACAUUUUCAUCUUUUGCAUCGGUCUGCUCUGCAACACCGUCACCCUUUACAUAUUUUUCCUUCGGCGGCAUACAGACUCUUCCAUGGCCGUAUACAUGCGACACCUCGCCUUGGCAGACACUAUGCUGGUCCUGUGUUUGCCUGUCCGGGUUUACUACCACAACAAAGUAGGUCCUUUCUACUUGUGCAAGGUGGUGGGCAUCUUCUUCUACUUGAACAUGUAUUCCAGCAUCCUGUUCCUCAGCCUCAUCAGUCUGGAUCGCUACUUGAAAAUCAUCAAGCCUGUUUGGGUCUUCAGCAUCCAAAAGACCAAGUGGAGCCACAUGGCAAGCUACAUCGUCUGGGUAGUCCUCAUUUCAGGAAUGAUCCCCUUUUUGACAAACAACAGUCUGAAACAUCCGUGCGACGAAGUUUGCUUCCACUUCCACAGCAAGGGGACUGUCGGUGGGACCAUUAACCUGACAACGGUGGUGCUCUUCCUUGUUUUUUAUGUGGCCUUUCUUUGUUUUUAUGUGAAGAUCACUAAUAAACUCAGGGCUAUGUCCAUGGGUAAUGGUGACCCUAAGGCACAGAGUCGCAAAAAGAGGGUCAUUAUAAAGACUUUCUUGGUACCGUCCAUAUUUACUUUGUGUUUCUUGCCUUACCAUGCGAUACGAAUCCCAUACGUUCUGGCUCAGAUGAAUGUGAUCGGGGAUCUUCAUAGCCAACAACUGUUGCACAUCUUAAAUGAAACUACUUUGCUACUGUCUGCUUUAAAUAGUUGCCUGGACCCAAUUGUCUAUUACUUCUUAUCCAGUGCAUACAGGAAAACCAUACUCUGUGCCAUUCAGGGCAAGUUUAAAAACAUGUAUGCUUUAAACAGAAGGAGAAUCAGCAUAAACCGCUCGCUCACUGAAAUUUAGCCUUAAAGGAUGACUUUUCCAUUUGUGACUUUUGAUGACUACAUGAAUCAAAUUUUGUAGGUUCAACAAAUUUAAAUAUUAAGUUUUAAAUUACGUACAUUAUUGGUUGACAGUUUGGGCACACAUGACUGAAUUUCUGAGUUUCAUAUGAUCCAAAAAACAUUGUCUGCAACAAAAUUGUAGUAAUAAAAAAUGAGCAGGUGUGUCUAAAGCUCUGAUUGGUAGUGUAAGUGUAUUUAAGCAUGUCUUGUGUUUCUGUAAAUACUGAAUAUGUAGAUGUAGCAUUUGCACUAGAGCAGUGGUUCUCAAACGGCUUUACUUUGACCCAGAUUUUGUGGUGGUCCCAAAAACAAAAACAAAAUGGUUUUUCUAAAAUUAAACAUGGAUUUAUGUAUGAAACUGCACAGGCCCAACAACAUAUGCAGUAAUUAACAAUAUAUAGGAAAAUUAGUGUUUUUCUAUUAUUAUUAUUACUUAUUUCUAAAUGUGUUAUUUCAAUGCUUUUAUGUUUUCGGCAGCCACAAAAAACAUCCUCAUUGUUUAUCCUCAUUGCAAGUGAACUUGUAGUGGGUCAUAUUUUUGUUCAUUUAUCAUAUUUUCAGUUUUUGAGGAUGUCACGCAUCAUGUCCAUGUUGGCAUUGUAUUAUCUGACUAGAUUCUACCAAUUAACUUAUUAAUCUAACGUUAUUUUGGAUGCACAGCUGUUGACUUCAACAACAAAAUAGGGGACGCAUUAUCAGUUAAGCACAACUGAGCUUGCUUGAGUACUCUGACUGUUUAUUUGUGAAUAGACUUUUUAUAUUUCCUUUAUUAAUUUAUUUUACUGAGAGCAUGACCUUUAUUUGUGCAAGUUAAAAAAAAAAAAACCUUUGCAAAUGUUAUGGUUUUCCCUCAUGACAAAGAUCCCAUGUGGUUGACAUGAGUACUGUUGUGUUAUGAGUGUCACCAUGCUUGUGGUGAUAAAUGUAUGUGUUAACCACAAACUUUACAUCUAAACAUGAAAGCAAUGUAGGGAAAUAUUAAAUGUUGAUUAAAGUAUAUUUGCACUUUUUAUUUAAACAAUUGAUUUGACUUUGUUGAUUAAGAAAUUAGCCUGCAUACUGCAUUAGUAACCUAACAAAUACUAUGAAAUGGUGCAUUUUUUUGUGUUAUAAAAUGCAUUACUGUGUAUGUAUUUGCACAAUUUGUAAUCUGGCUAAAGCCAUUAUUAAUGUAAAUGUAAUAAAUAUUGUAUUGUUCACGAGAAUGAAAAUGAAAAUAAAUGCGAUUUAAAUAAAA